CUGGCAUCUGGCACUUGCUUGCCUGGGCCCGUACCGUACGGCCACCACCACGACCACCAGUCGUCCGUCAGUCAACACGGGGACCGGGCGACGUCUGUGUUGUUUCCACCCAAACCACCAAACCUGUCCCGUCCUUCGUUUGAACUGAGGCUCUGUCGUAUCCACUCUUUCUAUGAUUGUUGCCCGAGGGUGUCGGUCUCUCCUUUCACUCACUGUAUCUGUGUUCUUCCUUUUUUUUUUUGUUCCUUUUCGACUCUGUCCACCGAGACUUUUCUCAGUUGUUGACAUCGUACCUGCCCCUGCCUCUUUCUCUUGCACUAGGCGGGUCGUGACUCUUGCCGUGUUUCAACUCCCCUUUUUUUUUUGUUGCCCGGCACCGACAACAAAGGACGACCGACUACUGCUGCUGGUGCUGCUGUGGCUGCUACACUCCUUUGCCCCUCGACACUGCAGUGGCCAGCCUGCCAGCGAGACCACUCUCAAAGAGAAAGACCCGAACAUUGUAGGCUGCGUACUGAGCACACCACCGAGUGGCGCGCGUCUCCCACCAACCAACUGCCCUUGACGUCGAUCCAUUCUUGCACGACUCUUCCUCCUGCGCCCUUGCCAGAGCGGAGCUUUUGUGGGCGAGCCCCUGGCAUCACCCCUCGACUCGCUUGCACCAGACCCUGCACGACACUGGAAAAACGAAGGCUCCCGUGGAGCCCACACCGACCUUAUUACAGCCUGACGGGAGGACGCGCCUUUCUGGAGAUAUUAUCCAUUGAUCAUCCCUGCGGCUCGCUGCCAGCACACAUCACACACGCACACGCACACACGAAUACACGCAAACGCGGCAGAGACACCCUCGUUGCCUCCCCUCAGAUGCAUUGACAGCUGCAUCGAUCCCUCCCGAGGCUCCAGACACGAAUCGAUCGAACCCCUGGUGCCCAGCCGACCUCCGCCUGACUACCCGACCGCCCGCCCGCUUGUUUUCCCGCCGGCAGUUCUGCGCGCCUCCCUUCGUUGCUGCGGCCCUGAGGGCACGUCACUCAGGCCACGCCCGCAUUCCAGACACAUCCCGGCCCCAUGGACCUCGACAAUCAUGGGUCGUCGGGCUCCAUCUCGACACCCCGACAGAGAAGCAGCUCUCAGCCCUCAGAGGCACCGGUGAAGCGGAGCGACGAGCACGACUCCCUUGUCACCGUCCGACUGUCCGAGCCGCCGAAGCAGCUGACCCUCAACACCAACGUGGACACCAAUGGCACGAUUCAGAACCGGAGAAGCCUCUUUUCCGCCCAUCUGAGCGCCAGUCCAAUCAGCCCCAGCCCUCUGAGCGCGUCGUCCGAGACAAAACUGGAUGAUGAGAUUAUGAGCCCUGUCACGACCGCCUACGGUUCAAAAACAAAUUUACAACAAGAGUUGGACGCACUUCAGGAUAACGAGGACGACAGCAAGACGAUAAGCGGGGUCCAGGUCGCCGAGAAGCCCGACGACCCCGACGACUCCGACGACGACGAGGAAGUGAAUUGGGAUCAACUGCAAAAGACCGAGGACGCCGUGGUCAAGGACACCGAUUCUGAAGACUCCACCGCCAUGCUGCUCGCCCGGCUGGAGCAGGCAAAUGACGAGCUUGCUACGAACCCGAAAAGUAUCAAGGCCAAGAGCCCGCUCGAGAGGGUUCAGCAGUCUGCCCGCAAGCCUCGACCGCCUUCUAUGGCACAACUGCGAGAGAUGGUCCAGGGGCCGCAACCGGCCCCUCUGCGGUACUCGAUGUUGCCGCCGCCGCCGAUGACAGACCUCGAGUUCUACGCCGCCCUGGUCAAGGACUACCAACAGACGGCUGCGCGGCUUCCGACGCUACUGGCCAACAAGAUCCGCAAGGGCAUCCCGCCGCCGCUCCGUGGGGUCGUCUGGCAGAGCAUGUCCGGGGCGCGGGACUCGACGCUCGAGGACGCCUUCGAGAGGUUCACUGGCGAGUCGAGCCCGUACGAGGGCCUGAUCGGCAAGGACCUCGGGCGCAGCUUUCCCGGGGUGGACAUGUUCCGCGACCCUGAGGGCGACGGGCAGCGGAUGCUGGGGCGGGUACUCAAGUGCUACAGCCUGUACGACCCAAAGAUUGGGUACUGCCAGGGGCUCGCCCUAUUGGUCGGGCCCCUCUUGAUGCACAUGACGGAUAAGCAGGCGUUCUGCGUGCUGGUCAAGUUGAUGGAGAAUUAUGAUCUACGCUCGUCCUUCACGCCAGACCUGCAUGGGCUGCACGUCAAGAUUUACCAGUUCCGGGAACUGCUCAGGCUGGAUCUGCCUGCGCUGUCAGGCCACCUGGAUGAUUUGCAGGUCGAUCCCGCCUACGUUUCACAAUGGUUCCUGUCCUUCUUUGCGGUGACAUGCCCUCUUCCGAUGCUGUUUCGCAUCUACGAUGUCAUUUUUGCCGAGGGCGCAAUCGAGACGAUCAUGCGGGUGGCCCUGUCGCUAAUGCGCAAGAAUCAGGGGCGCAUCCUUGCCUGUACCGAAAUGGAGGAUGUGCUGCAGCUCCUCCUCUCCCGCGGCCUGUGGGAUUGCUACCACUACAACGCUGACGAGUUUGUGCAUGACUUUGUCAGUCUGUCUAGCGUUGUGACCAGAGAACGACUCGCGGCGCUAGAGCAGGGGUACAGGGAGAGCCAGUUGACCACCCCACCCGCCAGCACUGGCGCCAAUGCAGCACGGGCAUCGGCCGUGUCCACCGCUGCAUCCCGCUUCCUGGGCCGCCUCUGGGCCAACUCGACCACCUCUCUCAAAGCAUCUCCAAACACAGCGUCCGCCAACCUCAGCCCAGGAGCAGCAUCUCGGCCAAUGAGCAUGCUGCGGCGAACCGCCUCCAAGCAGAGCCUGGCUUCCACAUUGAAUUCGAUGGAAGCCGGCUCGUCAACAUCCACCUCGUCCGCCUCCAGUGUACUUACCGACGCCACCACCAUCUCCAGGGACUCGGCCGCCGACGAUAGCGCCAACCCCGGCAAGCUGCCCGCCCAGGGCAACAACUCCGACAGCAAGAAUCUCCACACCCAGAUCGAAGAACUCCUCGUCGCCUUGAGCGAUCUGCAGCGACAGCAUGCACAGCUCGCCGACCAAUUGCAAAAGGAGAGGGAGGAGAGGGAAGAAGACCGCGCCGCCGUUCGCACCCUGCUCACCGGGCUCAGGAAGAAGGGGAGCAACGAGACCCUGACGACUGCACACAGCGCCGACAGCGAAGAGACCAUCACACCAGCGCAGGGCGCCGAGCACACCAGUGUCGAGAAACUGACGCCCGAGGGGCUCUCAGACCUCCUGGACAGCCUCGAGGACAGGUUUGGCAGCGAUGCCGACAAGAGGCGGUCAUCCAUAACACAGACAAAGAUACAGAUGCGCGAUGAUGUCGCGAGAGCCAAGGAACAUUUGCGCAUCGAACAGACCAGGACUCAGGAUGCAAACAGGCGGGUCCUAGACCUCGAGGAAGAGAUCAAGACCAUCAGGGAGCAGCUCCGGGAAAGCCACGCCCACGUUCGCAACUUGCAUAACGACAAGCAGCGUCUGGAGAAGCAGGUGCAUAGCAUGCGCGUGCGCGCUUCUGACUCGACCAACGAUGGUGGAAGCGGCUGGUUGUCUAGGAACCCCAGCACCAAGUCCAAUGCUUCCGGUCUGCGGGAGUUCAAGCUGAACCGCAGCAAGUCAACUCCCUCACAGAUCACUGUUAACAAGCGGACCUCUUCGCUUCUGAUGAUUGAUCCGAGGGAGACCAUGCCGCCACCGGCGCCAACAUCAGCGGCCACUCCGGCGCCCAUGGCCUCGCCACAGAAGCCGCCUCCAUCCGACGAGAACGAAGCGCUGCUACUUGAACUAGUCGAGGCGAAGACGGCGCAGGCCAUCGCAAGACAGGAAGCAGAUGAGGCGAAGCAGAAGCUCGAGCAGCUUCGGAAGCAGAUAGGACUGGCCUCCGGGGAACAGCCAGGCGCAGCCGCAGCCGCAGCCGCAGCCCAACCGGCUGGCUCCGUCAUGGGCAUGUUCAGGAGUUUCUCCUCGCCAGCCGCCGAGCCAACCCCUCCAGCAGCCAAGCCCGCUGCACCGGCAGCAGCAUCGCCUGCGCCGGCCGCAACUCCAGCACCUGUCUCGGGCGGCGGUGGGUUCUGGGGCUGGGGAAGGAAAUAAGCUGGGCAAUACGAUGUGACAGGCCGCCGAGCGACGGUAACUUUUGAAUUUUUGAAUCAUCACUGGCUUGGAUACCCUGGCGUGUCGUUGCUUUUUGCCAGCCAGAGAGCUUGUAUAUUCUUGAGACGGAAGCGAGCAUGUAUACUCACGAGAGGGCAUUUGGCAUUUCUGCGGUGACUGGAGAGACAUGGAAUUUUCUAUUUUUAUUUGAGCCGGGCAGAGAGUGGUUUUCAGCAUUCAUCCAAAUACCCUGCCCAUCCAACAGAACGGAUGCGGCAAGCUUGACGGGCGACGAGGUUUGAGGAAGGCAUUCAGCAGGAGCUUUCGAUUCUUGGUUGAAAAAGCAUUGCACAAAAGCAGAAGGCAUUUACAAGAGAGACUAGAUUGGGGUCGACGCAUUUUGUUGCUGAUCAUCCGCCAACAUGGUGGGAGCAACUUCGGAGUUUUUAUUAUACAUACACACUUUAUCAUUGGGCUUUCUGUAGAAUGAACGGGUGGAGGACAAUUACAUACAUUUUUUCUCCGUCUUCCUUCCUGAACCUCUCUCCUUCUGGUCAUGAUACUUCCGAAUAGCGACUGGGUUGGUAUCUCCUGCUGAGGAUGUGAUCAGCCAGGCUCCGCUCUUCCUUGUCUUCGCGACAUUUAGAUUGUUGUCCUUUCAAAUUGCCUAGCCUAUCGCUCGUAUGAAGAGACUACGCGCUGUUGCUAUCGAACACAUCACUUGUCCAGGCUCAAGGUCACCCGCAGCGCAAUCCUAUGGCCUGCCUGCCUGGCUCGUGCUGUUUGGCUACUUCUUCGACCAGCUCCAGGGGCCGUGGACACUUUUGAGAUGUUU